AUGCAACUUUCUGGCAACACAAUUGGGGCAUAUAAAAGAAAGGUGGGUCAUCGUAGUCGACUACAGAAUCGAAAGGAGGACGGACAACCCUUCCUCAUCCUACCAAAUUUAAACAAAAAACUCAAAUUUUCAAAGCGUUCAUUAGCUACUGCUUUGAUUAUGGCGAUCAAGAUUGGUGUUUUCGUUGGCGCUCUUGCGGUUCUUUUCUCGUUAGUUAAAGGUGAUACACAACCGGAUAACGACGUGGUCGGCUGUGUCAAAGCUCUUAUAACAAUUCUUCAUAAACCACCACCUCCUCCACCAACCUCAGAUGGUAAACCUCCUCUUCCUCCAAAAGAUGGGCAACCUCCACCACCUCCAAAUGGUCAACAUCCACCUCCUCCACCACUUCCACAAGAAUGCAUUAAAUGCGGUGAAAAAUGUGGAAUUAAACCUCCAACUGAUGCUACCAAAACUAACGUAAAUAAAUAUCUAAAUUAUAAUCAGAUAAAUAUUAAUUAUUGUUCUUUUCACAGCCACCCAAAUGACGAGGUGAGAAAUUCGAAGGCAACAAGUAAAGAAAACGCCUGUAAAAAGAUCGAGACGUAGAAAAGCACACAAACAUGUAUAAACAUACUUUUUGUACAUUCCAAACAGGGAUUUGGGUUGUUACCUGAAAUUCGAGGUUUUUCCCGCAGAUAAUCUCAAGGAUUAGAAAUGAGAACAGCUUAAAAAUUUGUUGACUCAAGGCAACUUAGUUGGGAGGGGAAAGGUCAGAUCUCACUUUUAUAACACAUUCGGGAGAAAAAACUGACGCUAAAGCGAAAGCCAAUUUAGUUCUAACACCUUUUUUCAGAGAUCCAAACUUAGAUUAUUAUUUGUAAGGAUGGGGAGGCAAAAAAGGCUAACAAGAAUCAGUGUGAGGGGAUAAUUUUAAGGAAAACGGGGUUUGAAAAAACUGCCAUAUUUGGGGCCAUAACUGUUUUCAAUUCAUAAUCAAUUUAGAUAAUAUAUUCAUCGAAAGAUGUUGAUGUAAGGAUUAUUUUAUCUAGCAGGAUUGAUCUGAUCAAAUCUAGUUGACGAAAAUAAUCCUCACAUCCAGGGCUUUCGAAUGAUAAAAAAUUCAUUCGAAUUGGUUGAAAAACCAAAAAAGUUAUAGCUCAAAAUAUGGUUCCAGUACUCAACUCGGGGGACUUAAUGAAACCGGGGGAAUUGGGUUGUGCGUUAUGGCGUUGAUUUUUGGCGUUCUGCGUUAGGCGUAUUUUAAAAAUUUGAAAAGUUUUAAACGUUCGUUCCUAAGAAUUCGAACUAAUAACAACUUAAUUGAUGUUUCGUUUGAAGAAAAUUGGAAAAUAAUUACAAUUGAUUUUUUCGAGAUAAAAAGGGAGACGGGGAAAGAAUGCCUCCCCGUUCUUGCCUACACGCUGAUAACCAGGGACGAGUAACAACCCUUUCUCAACACUUAUUUAUCCUUUAUUUUUUAAAAAUUAUUUCCUCCUAAACUAUGUACGUGUUCUAUUUGGGAUUUAUUUUUAGAGUUUGAAUUCGGGUCGGUUCAGGUCGGUUCCGGGUUUUCAGGCCUGGUAGACCAGAAACACAGGGUAUUUUGAUAAAAUCCGGUUUUUCUGAGUCGUUUUAGGGUUGUUUUAGAAGAAAAGAACCCGGUUACAGUGCCGUCAAUGUGAAAAAUUCG